CGCUUGGCGGCCGCGGCGGUUGUCGCGGGGCCGGGGCGGGUGAGGGAGCGGCGGGCGGCCAUGCUGCUCACCGUGUUCUGCCUGCGCCGCGACCGCAGCGAGCUCACCUUCUCCCUUCAGGUGGACGCCGACUUCGAACUGCAAAACUUCCGAGCGCUCUGCGAGCUCGAAUCCGGGAUCCCGGCUGCCGAGAGCCAGAUCGUGUAUGCCGAGCGGCCCCUGACUGACAACAACCGAUCUUUGGCCUCCUACGGCUUGAAAGAUGGAGACGUGGUGAUUCUGAGACAGAAAGAAGCUGUGGAGCCACGGCCCUCCAUCCGAUUCCCAGGUCUACCCAGGAUAGACUUCAGCAGCAUUGCUGUCCCUGGCACAUCCACUCAGCAGCACCAGGCACCAGCACAGCGUCCUCGUCCGUCUCCUCCCGAAGCACCUUCGUUCCCUCAGGGGUUGGACAACCCAGCCCUGCUGCGGGAGAUGCUGCUGGCCAAUCCCCACGAGCUCUCGCUGCUCAAGGAGCGCAACCCGCCCUUGGCUGAGGCUUUGCUCAGCGGAGACCUGGAGAAAUUCACCAGAGUGUUGCUGGAGCAACAGCAAGACCGAGCCCGGCGGGAGCAGGAGAGGAUCCGACUCUAUUCAGCUGACCCUUUUGAUCUUGAGGCACAGGCCAAAAUAGAAGAAGACAUCAGGCAACAAAACAUUGAAGAAAAUAUGACAAUAGCCAUGGAAGAGGCCCCUGAGAGUUUUGGGCAGGUGGUGAUGCUGUAUAUUAACUGCAAAGUCAACGGCCAUCCAGUGAAAGCCUUUGUUGACUCAGGUGCCCAGAUGACCAUCAUGAGCCAAGCUUGUGCUGAAAGGUGCAACAUCAUGAGGCUGGUGGAUCGGCGGUGGGCCGGCAUCGCCAAAGGCGUGGGCACACAGAAAAUCAUUGGCAGAGUGCACUUAGCUCAGGUCCAGAUUGAAGGGGAUUUCCUGGCGUGCUCCUUCUCAAUCCUUGAAGAGCAGCCCAUGGACAUGCUGCUGGGACUGGAUAUGCUGAAGAGACAUCAGUGUUCCAUUGAUCUCAAGAAGAACGUGCUAGUGAUUGGCACCACUGGCUCUCAGACCACCUUCCUGCCCGAGGGCGAGCUGCCCGAGUGUGCCCGGCUGGCGUACGGGGCCGGGCGGGAAGACCUGCGGCCCGAGGAGAUUGCAGACCAGGAGCUGGCAGAAGCAAUACAGAAAUCUGUAGAGGAAGCAGCUGACUGCUGCUAGAUGGUACCAGCAAAAAGCACGUGGAAGAACAGGAAAAUGGAGAGGGAGAGAACAUAAUGCAGGACCAAGGAAGCUCAGCUCCCUGCAAGGCCUGUGUUCUGUCAUACCAACUUGAACUUGUGAUGCCCUUUGGUAGCUGGUACGACAGAAAUCGCUGCAUACCUCUGGAGGCUAUUAAAGUUCUCAGUUGGGAUGCACCUGGAUUAUCCUUGAGCUUUAUUUAAUCCCCCAAAGCUCACUUGAGCGAGCCUCAGGAUUCCUGUCAGCUGACACACUGGUGUUUCAACACCUGGGGCAAGGCAGCUGAGGUGGUGGUGGAGUCCUGCUGUGUUUUACCAUCAUCUACAUCCUUUACUUGUCUCUGAGUUUCCUUUUCUGCCAGUACACAGUGUUUGCCAUCACCUCUGGGAAACUCUGGUGGUUAUGGAGGAAUUGCAAACCUGGCAGCAAAACUACAGGUGCCUUUGGAGGAAAGAUAGUGCAGAUAAUUUACCAACCAUACAGCUUUAUAUGUAGACAGCCUCAGUGUAAGGAAAGGCACUGCCACUCAGGCUUUUCUGGAUAUAGAGAGCAAUUGAUGAUGCACUUUGUGGAGAAGAGUUUGUUCCAGGUGUUAGCUGGAUCAAUGUCCUUGGUGGGGAUGGGAUUCAGCUCCUGGAGACACCAAGGGAGGAGGAUGACAGUCUUGGAAGGAUGAUUCUGAGAAGUGCUUGGCAGAAUACCAGCUGCUUCCACUGUCUAAAUGACUGCAAGUCCCUAAUGUGUUUGGCUGAUGAGACCCUUAUUACCAAACCACUGCAUCAAAAGGCAGCUCUGCUUCCUUGCCAAAGGACUGGCUUGGGAGCAGAGAGCAUCAACAUAAUCCUACUGUGGAAACACAAAGAUCCCUCUAGUUUUCAUCCAUAUCUUGUGUCACCAGCCCCUUUGCUACCUGAUGAAUGGUCUGAAAACCUGCAAGGUUUGGUUUUUUCACCCUCUGGUGUUGCCAGGUUGUUGUGGUUGAAUUAAGACCAGAUGUGCAGCCAGCAGAAAGGAUUGUUCUGUGCAGUAGCUGCUGUGUUUUACAUCAAAGUGUAUCAGUCAGAGGUGUGGUAUCACAGCAUGUAGGGCACCAGCUCAGUGUAACAGGAUAAACAAAGAGCUGAGGUGAAAACAGGCAGAUCUCUUCCAUGGUGUGGAACUGAAAGGAAAUCCUGGCUGUACAUGGGCCAGGUUAUCUGUCCCUGGGGAUCUGUAAAAGGAGAAAGACUUCAGCUAUAACAGUGGUAUGUACUUAAGACCACUGAGUUUGGAGGCCUCUGGGAAGGGAAAGGGAACUAAUGCAACAAGUCAGGCAGCCCAAACACUGGAUAUCUGACCCUGGACAGAGUAGAGCUUCGAUGGCAGAACAGCCACUCUUACAGCAAAGGUCAUGUUGGUGUUGUGAGAGCAUGAGAGCUGGUACAUCAGCAAGAUGGGACUAUUAGCAAGAGAAAUUCACUUAUUUAAUCUCUUCUGAUGACUAAAGCCAGUGUUUGGUGCUACUGACCUGAACUUAAUCCUUUCUCUGUGUGGAGAAAUCAAACACAGGUUUGACUUCUGGCUCUCUCUUGCUCUGCUUUGCUCUCCCCAGCCUCAGGCAGUAGUUCCUUUGGGGCAUUUCUGCCUUUCUCCCUACAAUCUUUACAUUUCCCUUUUGCAGCAAGCUGCUGUUUGCUCACCUGCUCCUUCCUGGGAUGCAAUUAGCCAUCAGUUCUUGGAGUACAGCCCAAGAAUUGUGAUGCCCUCUCAGUUUUCAUUGCCCUGAAACCUGCCUCCUAAAUAUCUCCAGCCACACAGAGGACAAACCAGCACUGUGCUAGACUUGUGCUGGAUGUUAUCAAGCAUGGUGUAUCUCCUACAGACCACUGCAGCACAGGUAGUACAGAACAGCCUUUAAAAUGACCUCCAACAAGGUUCUCUUUGAGCUGACAUAAGGAAUUUCCCAGGCAGAACUCCUGCUGCCUGCACACUGCCAUGCUGGCCGCUUGGGAGGGGAGCAGUGGCUAGAACCAUGCAUGUGGUGUGCUCUGAGUGCUAACACAAGCUUGGUGUGUUUGU